AUGUCUUCCCGGACUCUGUUUUAUAAUCAUCUCUUCCAACUACCCUACUCGACCGAAGCCACAGAAGCCUACCGCUAUUUCAAUACCACCAGUGCCUAUCAAGACUUAGACAAUAUGGCUCCUUCUAUUGAGCAAGUCGUCCCGGAGUCCGUCGUGCAGACUGCUGAGCACAUCCAGGAGAAGCUUGGAGCUGUUAGCCUUGGUAACUCCUCCGAAGCUAAGGUUGAGAAGCAGAAGCCUGUCGAGGAAACUCCGGCCGUCCAAGCCCCAGCCGUCGAGGCUGCCCCAGCUGUCCAGGCCCCAGCUGUCCAGGCCCCUGCUGUUGAGGCUCCGGCUGCUGAAGUGCCAGCUGAGGAGUCCGUCAAGCCAGCAGUUGUCCCAGCUGCCAGCUACAUCAAAGCGCCCCUGAAGCUCAGCGGUGCCAUCGAUUCGUGGAAGAACUUUGAAGUGACUCCUGUUAUUGGGCGUGAAUACGCCGACGUUGACCUUGCCGCCGUUUUGCAGGCGGAGAACUCUGACGAGCUGCUCAGAGACCUUGCCAUCACCAUCUCCCAACGUGGUGUCGUCUUUUUCCGUGCCCAAGACAACCUUACAGACGACCUCCAGAAGGAAGUCGCACAACGCCUCGGCGAGCUAUCUGGCAAGCCCGAGACCUCCAAGUUGCAUAUCCACCCUGUUGCGAACGCAGGAAGGGAGCACGGAGGAAAGGAUGACGAGAUAAGCGUCAUAUCAUCGGCCCAGGCGAAGAAGAUCUAUAUCCACUCGAAGUCGAAGCUAUACAGCCAAGGCGAGAAGAAACAGAACGGAAAGAUUGGCUGGCACUCGGACAUCACCUUCGAGCCCAUCCCCUCCGACUACUCCAUCCUCAGACUUGUUGAGCUUCCUUCGACUGGUGGUGACACCCUCUGGGCCUCCGGCUACGAACUAUACGACCGCAUCUCCGAACCAUACCAGAAAUUCCUCGAGACCCUGACCGCCACCUACGCGCAACCCGGCUUCAAUGAGGCAGCCGAAAGGAACGGCUUCAAGCUCUUCACCGAGGCCCGCGGCGCCCCCGAGAACGUCGGUGAGCUCCUUGAGGCCAUCCACCCCGUUAUCCGCACCAACCCCGUCACGGGCUGGAAGUCCGUCUUCGCCGUCGGCCAGCACGUCGCCAAGGUGAACGGCGUGACCGAGCUCGAGAGCGAGGCGCUGCUGGCGUGGUUCGUGAGACUGCUCGUCGAUAACCACGAUCUGCAGGUCCGUCACAGGUGGCAGAACCCUAAUGAUCUUGCGAUCUGGGAUAACAGGAGUGUGUACCAUGCUGCUACUCCGGAUUACCUCGAGGGUAACUAUGGAGAGAGGAAGGGGAAUCGCGCGGUGAGCUUGGGGGAGAGGCCGUAUUUGGACCCGGCUAGUGUGUCGAGGAAGGAGGCGCUGGCCGCUGAGAGUGCUGCUUCUGCUUAGAGAGUGGAAGGAGAGGUAUUUGAGCGUAGUGUACUUGGCCUGUUUUGGGAUCAAGUAGGAUGAAUAAUGAAAUUAUUAAAUAUAAC